AUCCAUGGCGAAGAUGAAGGACCUGGGGACGAUUCUCUUUCUUUUGAGUGUCUGUUGGAGCUGUAGUUCUGGGGAACGUUCACAGGACUUUAUGCUCUUAGCAGGUCCUUUAACCAACCAAUUCAUCAAGGAUUUGAAGACAAACCCUUUUGCCAGCCAAAGUUUGCUAUUAGGGGCUUUAGAUGCUGAUGAUAUCUUUGACUGCAGAGAGCGUCUUCCAGCACAGGCCAGAGACUACUUCCAGUACCUUCAGAGCAGAGGGGUGACCCAUUUCAAAGUUUCUCUGUCAUGGUUCAACAUCCUACCCACAGGUGAGUCCAGCCAGCCCCAUGAAGACACAGUGGCCUGCUACAGGAACCUUGUGAAGGAACUGACUGAGUCAGGCAUUCAGCCUUUGCUGGAGCUCCAUCGUUCUGCAUUACCAGAAGGCCUUAGAAGCAGAUAUGGAGGCUGGGAGAACCCAGUCAUUGGACAGGUCUUUCGAGACUAUGCAGGUUUUAUCUUCACAAAAUUUGGAGACCUGGUCAACUCGUAUAUCACAUUUACCCAUUUACAUGAGCUCAGAGGUUCUUCACAGUUUCAACAUGCUUUCCAAUCCCAUGUUGAUGUGUAUAAACUCUACCAUCACAUGUUUAAAGAUGGUCGUGUGUCCCUUGGAAUGAGAGCUAAUGAUGUCACCAGUCUGUCCCAAACAGAACCCAUGUACAUGGAAUAUGUUGAUUUCUUGGCUGUGCACAUGGAAUAUGACUGCACAGUCAAAACAAGUCUGAUGGAGACAGUAACAGAAAUGCAGAUGACAAAUGGUCAACGCUACAUUCUCAUGUAUCAGAUGAACACCAAGAACUGUGCUGACAGAAAUAUUCAGCCUCUCUUCAGCGUCCUUGAAGCUUUAAGAAACACAGACAUUCAUCUUAUGGGCUGUGAUAUCACUGAAUUGUUGGGAAAGCUUGAUCAAGGAGAUGCAAGUGUACAGACCGCAGAUACAAAGGCUGAUGGUGAGGAGCAAAGUACAUCUGCUCUCUCUUAUCAGAAGGUCUGGGAGAAAUUCAGAACUCAAAGCCCAGCAGAAAGAGAUCUUUUCCUCAAUGGCUCCUUCCCAGAUGGAUUCCAAUGGGCAGCCUCCACUGAGUCUUUCAAAGUGGAGGGUGGCUGGACUGUACAUGGGAAAGGGGAGACUAUCUGGGAUCGCUUUGGCCAUGAAGGCAAAGUCUUUGACAAUCAGACUGCUGAUCUGGCAUGUGAUAGUUACCACAAGAUGGACUAUGAUGUAUACUUGCUAAGGGGCAUGCUCUCCCCGAACUAUCAGUUCUCCAUUUCUUGGGCUCGCAUUUUCCCAACUGGUCAGAAAGAAAGCCUGUUGGAACAAGGGGCACUGUAUUAUGAAAAGCUGAUAGACACACUUCUGCAAUCAGGAAUAGAGCCUACAGUCACUUUAAACCAUUGGGAUCUGCCACAAGCUCUGCAGGACCAUGGAGGUUGGACCAAUACUUCCAUUGUGGAGGCAUUCAAAGAGUUUGCUGACUUUUGCUUCUCCAGAUAUGGACACAAAGUGAAGACCUGGAACACUUUUGGCAGUCCCUGGGUGGUUAGUAACUUUGGAUAUGGUACAGGAGAACAUCCUCCAGGUAUUAAGGACCCCAGUGUGGCUUCUUAUCAGGUGACUCACAACAUAAUAAAAGCCCAUGCAGAGGCCUGGCAUGUCUUCAAUGAUAAAUACAGGAAGAAUCAGGGUGGGAAAGUGGGCAUUGCUCUCAACUCAGACUGGGCUGAACCUAACUCUGAUAGUCCCCAGGACAUAGAGGCUGCAGAGCGCUACCUGAGCUUCAUGCUGGGAUGGUUUGCUCACCCCAUAUUUGUAAAUGGAGAUUAUCCAGCAUUGCUGAAGAAACAAAUUGAGCUAAAGAAAACUGAAUGUGGCGAAGACCUGGCUGUGCUCCCAGUCUUUACAGAAGAAGAGAAAAAGAUGAUCAAGGGAACGGCUGACUUCUUUGGGCUAAAUCACCACACUUCUCGUCUCAUCAGUGAGAGUCGGGGCAGUUGCAACCCUGGACCAGACAGCGUUGGGGAUUUUCAAAGUCAUAUUGACCCAACCUGGCCCACCACUGCAUCAAGCCAAAUCCAGUCUGUACCAUGGGGGCUUCGCCGUUUGCUGAAUUAUAUUGCCACAGAGUACACAUCAGUGACCAACGUGCCCAUUUACAUCACAGGAAUCGGAAUGCCAACAGAGUACAGCAGCGAUGUGCUCAAUGACACUCAACGCAUAGGCUUCCUUAAGUCCUACAUCAAUGAGGCAAUGAAAGCCAUCCAGUUGGAUAGUGUUGCCAUCCAGAGGUUCACAGUGCAGUCCCUGUUAGAUGGAUUUGAAGGUCCUCAAGGCUACAGUCAAAGAUUUGGACUGCAUUUCGUGAAUUUUGAAAAUUCUGAUACGCCUAGAACCCCAAAAUCUUCAGCUUACUUCUACACUCAGGUCAUUGAAAGAAAUGGUUUUGAGGAUAAAAAACCGACUUCUUUCCGUCGAAUCUCUGGUAAAACGAAGCAAGAUUCAAAGCUUCCCACUCUGCCACCAUCUGAAGUUCCCUCAAGAUCAAAAGUUGUGUGGGAGAAAUUUUCACAUCAAUCCAAAUUUCAGACGAAGUUUUAUCACUAUGGAACAUUUCCAGAUGAUUUCCAAUGGGGUGUUUCAUCCUCAUCAUAUCAAGUUGAAGGUGGCUGGGAUGCUGAUGGUAAGGGGCCCAGUAUGUGGGACACUUUCACCCACACGCCUGGUACUGUUCUAAACGGUGACACGGGCGACGUGGCUUGUGACAGCUAUAACAGAUUUGAAGAAGAUCUGUACAUGUUAAGAGCCCUGAAAGUAAAAGCAUACAGGCUCUCUUUAUCCUGGCCCAGACUAUUCCCCAAUGGUUACAGAGCUUCCUUAAACAUGAAGGGAGUGGACUAUUACAACAGACUCAUAGAUGGUCUCAUAGCAUAUAAUAUUACACCAAUGGUGACGCUUUACCACUGGGACCUUCCCCAAACUCUUCAAGACAUCAACGGCUGGGACAAUGUCGAUAUGAUUGACAUAUUCAAUGACUACUGUGACUUCUGCUUCCAAACCUUUGGAGACAGAGUGAAGUUUUGGAUGACCUUCAACGAACCCUAUGCAAUUGCAUGGGUAGGCUAUGGGCUGGGAGAACUACCCCCCAAUGUCAAAAGUCCUGGAGAUGCUCCUUAUAGGGUAGCACAUAACCUUUUAAAGGCGCAUGCUAAAGCCUACCACACAUAUGAUGAGAAAUACAGAAAAACACAGCAAGGGUUGGUAUCCAUUAGUGUGAGCUCUGAGUGGUUUGAGCCACUAGAUGUAAACAUACCCCGAGAGGUGGCAGCUGCUGACCGUGCACUCCAAUUCCAACUUGGAUGGUUUGCACAUCCCAUCUUUAAAAAUGGAGACUAUCCUGAUGCCAUGAAGUGGCAGGUAGGGAACAAAAGUGAACUUCAAGGUUUAGCUGAAUCCAGGUUGCCAACUUUUACGGAAGAGGAGAAAGCCUACAUUCACGGCACUGCCGACGUCUUCUGCCUCAAUUCUUACACCACCAGAAUGGCACGCCAUGUAAUUCCUAGGCUUUCCACACAGUCUUAUGAAUAUGAUCAGGAUCUUACAGUACAAGAUGUGUCAGACUCUCAUGCCACUGCAAAGAAAGAAUUGAGGGCAGCAGCUUGGGGAUUGAGAAGACUUCUCAACUGGAUAAAAGAGGAGUAUGGGAACCCUGAAAUUUACAUAACAGAGAAUGGAGUGUCUACAGAUACUAGCAAAACAGUAGAUGACCCAGACAGAAUAUUCUUCCUGAAGACCUACAUUGAUGAAGCUCUAAAAGCUCACAACCUAGACGAGGUACGUCUAAAGGGCUACACAGCUUGGUCUCUCUUGGACUCUUUUGAGUGGCUUAGUGGCUACAGUGUUGGCUUUGGACUCCACCAUAUAGACUUCACCCACCCAGAUCGGCCAAGGACUCCAAAACGCAGUGCUCACUUGUACCACCAAAUAAUAAGACAGAAUGGUUUCCCAUUGCCAGUGGAAGAGGAGCCAAUUUAUGGCCACUUUCCUGAAGGAUUUGUGUGGAGUGUAGCUACAGCAUCUUAUCAGAUUGAGGGUGCCUGGAGAGCAGAUGGGAAAGGUUUAAGUAUCUGGGACGCGUUUACACACACAGCUUUUAGGAUAGCAAAUUAUGACACAGGGGACAUUGCCUGUGACAGCUACAACAAAAUCAGUGAGGAUGUUGAAAUGCUCAAAAAACUCAGGGUCAACCACUACCGUUUCUCCGUGUCAUGGCCAAGAAUUCUGCCUGAUGGAACUACAAGACAAAUAAACCAAGCAGGAUUGAACCAUUAUCAUCGGCUGGUGGAUGCACUUUUGGCAGCUAACAUAAAGCCCCAGGUAACACUGUACCACUGGGAUCUCCCUCAAGCUUUGCAGAAUGUUGGAGGCUGGGAGAAUGACACAAUCAUUGAAAGGUUUAGGGACUAUGCUGAUGUUGUCUUUAGUAAUCUGGGAGACAAAGUCAAGUUCUGGAUCACUAUCAAUGAGCCCUACAACGUUGCAAACAUUGGGCAUGGGUAUGGCACUGCUGCGCCAGGCAUAAGCUCCCGACCUGGUACGGCACCCUACAUUGUCGGACACAACCUCAUUAAGGCGCAUGCUGAGGCUUGGCACUUAUACAACGACAAGUACCGUGCCAAACAGGGUGGUAUUGUUGGUAUCACCAUAAACUCAGACUGGGCAGAGCCUAGAAACCCCUACAAACAAGAGGAUAUUGAUGCGGCCAGGCGUUUUUUGGAAUUCCAGAUUGGCUGGUUUGCUCAUCCUGUGUUUAAUGGAGAUUACAGUGAUUUAAUGAAGAAUAGAAUACGAGAAAGAAGCCUAGCUGGUGGUCGUCCCAUAUCACGUCUUCCUGAAUUUACCCCCGAAGAAGUGAAAAGGAUAAAAGGCACUCAUGAUUACUUUGGGUUCAAUCAUUACACCACAAUCUUGGCUUCCAACCUAGAUUUCAAAAACCUCCAGCUCUAUGAUGGAGACAGGGGAGUAGGGACUAUUUAUGACCGUACAUGGCUGAACUCUGGAUCAACAUGGCUGAAAGUGACUCCACCUGGAUUUAGAAAAAUUCUGAACUUUAUCAAGAAUGAGUAUGGAAGCCCUCCCAUUUAUAUCACUGAGAAUGGCAUCUCUGAGAGAGGAGAUAUGGACCUGAAUGAUGUUCACAGAAUUCACUACUAUGAAAGCUACCUUAAUCAGGCUCUGAAAGCUUACUUGAUUGACGGCGUGGACAUACGCGGUUACACCGCUUGGACACUGAUGGACAAUCUGGAGUGGGCCGCUGGUUUUGAUGAGAAAUUUGGCUUUUUCUAUGUCAAUCAUUCUGACCCGUCUCUGCCACGUAUACCCAAGAAAUCCGUCACAUACUAUGCUACCAUGAUCAAUUGCAAUGGCUUCCCAGACCCCCUCCAAGGCCCCCACGAAUGUCAGACUCUUGAACCUGAAGGAACAGAAUCUCCUCCCGGCCCUCCCCCGUAUCCAGAGGUGGUGAAUUUUCUGGGUUUGGAAGUGUCCCCUCCUGACGCUGAGGUGGCCCUCUAUGUCCUCUUCAGUCUCACCAUUGCAGGCGUGAUUGCAGCUGCCCUCAUCACCUACCAAUUCAUCAGAGUAAAAAAGAAAUCAAAAUGCCCCAAGGAGGAGCACAUAAGUCUUGAGAAGAAGUUCUGAUGAAUUGUUUAUAUCUGUAUUUUGUCAAAAAGUAGCAUUCCCUACUUUUUUUGCACUGUAUAACUUUAAUGCUAUUGAGAAGUGAAAAAUGUUGACAUUCGAUGCAUAAGCUAUUCAAUCUUAUCAGCAUUCAUGAGCAAACAAAGCAAGCUACACAGAUGACUGGCUGUCGUAAAUGCAUUCUGUAUGUGUGUUGUUAAAAUGGGAAUGCCAGUCUUUUUUUUUUUAAUUUCUACAUAAUUAACUGUAAAUGUAAAAUGUAGCUGAAGUCAUUAUUAAGGGCUUGACAUGAAAUGCUCUGUUGUGGGGAAACGUACAAAAGGAUUGUUCACAGUGGUUGUGAUGGGAACCAGAUAUGGUUAUGAAUAUUCUGCCUAAUGCCUGAGACAUUAUUUUAUGAUAGUAUUAACUUUUGGCUUAAAACGCAGGUUUCAAAUGCACAAUUUGCUGCAUUAGUGGAGAGAUACAUGCAGGGAGUUGUAAGACAAAAUAGGCCCCAAAGAAAACUUUUUUUAAUGAUCACUAUUUUACUUACUCAUUAAUUACUUAUGAAUAUUACAUAUAAAAAAUGUGAAUUCACUCAUGGUUUGGGACAGUAAAUAAAGUGACUUUAUUUGCGCCAACAUUGUGAUCCUUGGUUCUGGUCACUACUUUUGUAAUUAUUGUAGUCAAAACAUUUCUCUGCUAUGCACUUUUUACAUCUCAGCUACUGAACUGAAGUAUGCAGAAUUUGCCCUUUAACUUUAGUAUUUAUUGAUUAAUCUGCCGUCUGUUGUAGUCUGUCAAUAUAAUGUGCAUAUAGCACCUCACACUGAUUUCUACUCUGAGCCGCGCCCAUGUUACUUUGUAAUUUGAAGAGAGUAUUUUUUAAAAAAAUAUAUAUUUUCUGGAAUCGGUAUUAAAGUCGAGGUAUUCCUAUCUGCACUGGUCCUGGUAUAGAACAUUUUCAGCCGUACUCAGCCCACAGGUAAUUUAGUGCAGGUUGAACAUUGUAUAGGAAUGGUUCAAACGUGUGUAUAUAUAUAUAUCAGCAAAAUAUACUGUAAGUUGUUUCCUUCCAUGACUUUGUUGUAUUUGAAUGCUUUAGUGAUGUUCUGCCAUUUGUUAGUCUUUUUAGUGUUUGUUAAUCUGGCCAUUGCAGAUAAACCAUGUAUUCAUUCAAACACUUCUCUUUUUAAAAGUACUCUUAAAGAGAAAUUCCACCGAUUAUUUUUCCAAUUUCUAUGUAAUUUACUUGUUCAGUUGUAAACAAAUUCAUUCGAGGGGUUUGUUGUGAAAUGCCCUAUUCUAGUGAAACUUCACAAAUCACAAUUGUUCACAGUGAUGGUGAUAGGAACCAGACGUCUGAAGUGCCAGACGUCUUGCUUCAACGUGCUCCCUCACAGAGAGUUAUUACAUGACAUGGCAUUACCUCAUGAUGUUGGCCUAAAGCAGAUUUUUUAAAAACACAUUUGUGGUGGACGGUACAUGUAGACAGUUCAAAGGCAAGAUAAUCCCCAAAGAAACCUUAUUUCUUUGGAUUUAGCACUAUUUACCAUUAUCUACAUUACAUCUACUUUAAUCUCUACCACAUACACUCAAGUAGAAAUAUCUUAGUUUGAUCAUAUUUUUUCUCAGUAUACAACACUGAAUUCCACAGGCAGCAAAUGAAAGUUCAUUUUAUGUGGUGUCCACUAGAUGGCGAUGUGAGACCAUGCACUUUUGUUUGAGAGUCCCGUCCCUCUCACACUAUAUCACAAUUAAGACUUGAUAUUGCUAUACUGACUAACUACAAUAUCCAAGCAAUCUGUGUUACUCUGAGAUUUUGGACUUGGCCAGCUUGGGAUGUCAACCCUCUUUCAAAGGAGAUUUUUUCUAUUAGUUUUCCACAAGUGGCAUACGCUUUCCUGAAGCUGGAAUGACUUUGCAGACUGUUACAGUCUUAAUUUGUCUUCUAAACAGCACAAAACCAGUUCCAGGUUCAAACCAGGUUUGGACCUUUAACUUCAGUGUGGUGUCACAGGCAUUAUAAUGUAAAUGUGCCAGGUUUACUAUACCUUCUCUCCAAAGCAGAAGUAUAGAUUUCUAUGUAAUUUUAUGUAUUGCCUUUCUUUUAGUUAGUCGACACACAGCUUUCAGUGUGGUACAUGAUGCCCCAGACCGUUACACUAUGUUCCAUGUUAUUAACAAAAGUAAAAUUAAUAAUUUGCAAUAAACUACAAUGCUAGGAAACUAGUCUGAUUUUCUACCACCAGAAUACAUGAUGUCACCAUGAAUUCCUGGAGAAUGGAGCUGCUUUAUAACUGGAAAAUAUAAGCCACAGUGCUGAAUAUCAGUCUUAUCAUUCUCUAGAGUGUAUCAGACCAAUCAAUGACAUCUGUUUAUUCCUGCUCCAACCACCAGUCAUGCCAUCCCUCUGUGAGUGAGUGGACUAAUCUUAGGCCUUCAAAAUCAGUGUGGUCAAUGAUGCAGUGCAAACCACUUCAACAGAUUCCUAUGAUGAGUGUGCAACCCCAUGCUAUGCUCCAUACCAGGUGGUCAAUCUGUCUGGAGCAUUUAUAGCAGAAAACUCAAGCGUCAGCAAUGCUGCUUUGGCAGCUUUAACAUCACAUAACUGCAAGUUCUAUAAAAAUGACCUCGCUGUCCAUGAUGUGGUCUCAUGACUGAUGUGGUCAAACACAAAACUAAAUUGAAA